AUGGGGGCUGCUGCUUCAUCUGCUGCUGCGCCUCCAGACGGAGCAGCAGCAGCAGCAGAAGCAGGAGCCGCAGGAGCAGCAGGUGCAGCAGGAACAGCAGCAGCAGCAGCAGCAGCAGCAGAUGGGUUUGCUGCUGCUCCCCUCCCAAGCAGCAGCAGCGCAACGAGCGCCAUCAUACUUGGAGAUGAUUUCCUGCAGGCCUACAGCUGCCCCCCCACCUGGAAGCAGCAGCAGCAGCAGCAGCAGCAGCAGCCGCACAGGCAGCAGCAGCAGCAGCACCGGCAGCAGCAGCAGCAGCAGCAACAUCAGAGACAGCAACAGCACAGGCAGCAGCAACAGAGACAGCAGCACAGCUCUACUGGUGAAGAAGACGACAGCAGCUAUUUAGAUCUGCCUCCAGCAAGCCCCCUCGGUUUUCCCCCCUUCGGAGUCCUGGGGUUGGAUUGGGAGCAGCAGCAGCAGCAACAGAAGCAGCAGCAACAGCAGCAGCAGCAGCGUCUGUACGAGCAGCCUCAGCAGCAGCAGCAGCAGCAGCAGCAACUGCAGCAGCAGGUGCGGCGGGUGCAGCAGCAGCUGGAGGAGCAGCAGCACGAGCAGCAGCAGCACGUGAAGCAGCUGCUUUCAGUUGUCUCUAAUUCAAUAGGUGCUUUUGCUGCAGCAGGUGCAGCACCGCUGCCGCCUUUGCCUUGUAAGCAGCAGCAGCAUCAGGUGUUGCAGUGUCUCCAGCAGCAGCAGCAGCAGCAGCAGCAGCAGCAGGAAGACGGGCCCCUCCUCGCCUGCUCCCAGGCUAUAGACGCUCUCCGUGCAUGUGCUGCAGAAGCAAAGCAGCAAGCUGCUUAG